GGCAAGAUGUUGCGUCUUCGCUGUAAGACCAAAACUGGGACUCACGUCAUGCAAGGCUUGACUCAUCAGUCUUGUGUGAAAGAGUUAAAAAGCAAAGUGGAGGAGCUGACCGGCAUCCCCUGUGAGGUGCAGAAAAUCAUGGUGGGCUACCCCCCUUCCAGCCUGGACCUGCGCAAUGAGGACGCUCACCUGAAGGAUUACCCCAUCAAAUCUGGUGACACACUCAUUGUGGAGGAGGAGAAAGACAAGCCGAAGCUGAGCGAGCGUCCCGCCGUCACCAAGCAUCCUCGGCUGAACACCUUGCCAGUACUUGCGCGCCGCGUGGUCCCUGCCGACAACUCCUGCUUGUUUACCAGCGUCAACUACGUGGUGGAGGGCGGCGUGUACGAUCCGGCGUGCGCCCCCGAGAUGCGCGGCCUCAUCGCCCAAAUCGUGUCCAGCGACCCCGCUGAGUACUCUGAAGCAGUUCUGGGCAAGAGCAACGAGGACUACUGUGCCUGGAUCCGCCGCGAUGACACAUGGGGUGGUGCCAUUGAGUUGUCCAUUCUGUCCAAGUUCUACCAGUGUGAGAUUUGCGUGGUGGACACGCAAACGGUGCGCAUGGACCGCUUCGGCGAGGACGCCGGCUACCGGAAACGUGUGUUGCUGAUCUAUGACGGCAUUCACUACGACCCUCUGCAGAAGGAAGCUACCGGCUCACCCCCGCAGACCAUUUUCUCCACCGCUGACGACAUCAUCCUGGCUCAGGCGCUGGAGUUGGCAGACGAAGCUCGCCGCAAACGGCAAUUCACGGACGUCAAUCGCUUCGCGCUGCGCUGCAUGGUGUGCCAGAUGGGCCUGGUGGGACAGAAGGAGGCACGGGAGCACGCCAAGGAGACAGGUCACACCAAUUUUGGCGAAGUCUGA